GUAUCAUAGUGACAGUGUAAACCAACACAUACGACUACAGUAGUUGUUUCGUUUUAACAGCUAAGCAAAUAUCCUCAAGAUUGCCAGAUAACAAAAGAUUGCUUUCUUAUUUAUUUAUUUUUCCCACUACCUAUAUUCAGUGCUAGCAUCUGUUUAAUUUUAAUACCAAGAACAUCCAAAAAGCGUACAACUUCCUUCACAGUUACCGUAAACUGCCGUCAGAGGUCGCACAGUAAUGUUUCACCGCAGCCCGUCAGUGUGUUUGGGUAGGGCGACCACGUGGGUUCUGUAACUGCGCUGUUUGGAAGCGGUGAUCGGCUGGACAUGUGCAUGACUUUUGCUCCAUGUUAAUUGUGUUUAAAACCUCCAAUGUAAAUUAUAUCGUCAAGUAAGCAGCCAUGGUUUUGUACGUGAAAGCAGCGGAGAUCCUCGAUAAGAUCGAGAACAAGGAGGGCGCUAUUAAGACUCUCGUGUAUAACAGUAAGUUUCAGAAUAUCAAGCAGCUGUACGCCUUGGUGUGCGAGACGCUGAAGUACUCCAAGAUCCUGGAGGAGAUCAUCACCAGCACAGGCCUGCUGAAGCAGAACAAACUCAAGAUGAACGUGGCCAAGGUGCUGGUGUACGACCUCCUGAUUGGCAGGGGGGUGAAGUGUGGGGGGAGCUGGAAGGCUCUGAUCAUGAAGCACCGUGCGAGGCUGCAGGCAGCCCUGGCCAGGCUCAAGAUCAAGAGGAAGGUCAGCCGCAACGAGGACCUGCUCCCCAAAGCCAGCCAGGCUCAAGGGAAGCAGCCGCCUCGCUACGCUCGGGUCAACACUCUCAAGACCAGCCAGGAGGACGUGAUCGACUACCUGAAGAGAGAGGGCUACACCUACCUGGGGCGAGCGAGCAGUCUGGCGGAGUUGCAGCAGCUGUCGGGAAAGCGGUUUUAUUGUGACCUGCAUCUCCCAGGACUCCUGGUCUUCCCGGCCAAGACUGACCUCCACGCACACUUUCUGUACCAGGCGGGACACAUCAUUCUGCAGGACAAGGCCAGCUGCCUCCCAGCGUUCCUCCUGAACCCCCCUGCUGGGGCCCAUGUGAUUGAUGCCUGCGCCGCCCCGGGGAACAAGACCAGCCACCUGGCCGCUGUGCUGGGGAACCGGGGGAAGCUGUUUGCCUUCGACCUUGACCCCAAGCGCCUGUCCACUAUGAGCACCCUGCUCCUCAGAGCUGGGGUCACCUGUCAUGAGCUGGCCAAUCAGGACUUCCUGACGCUGAACCCAGAGGACCCCAAAUACAGCCAGGUGGAGUAUAUCCUGCUGGACCCCUCAUGCAGCGGCUCAGGUAUGGUGGGCCGCAUGAACGAGCUCACAGACUCCCCUGGCGCCGUGCCUGCGCAGCGGCUGCAGUCUCUGGCUGCGUUCCAGCUGCGCUGCCUGAACCACGCCCUGUGCUUCCCGCGGCUGCAGCGCCUCAUCUACUCCACCUGCUCGGUGCACGAGGAGGAGAACGAGGGCGUGGUGCGGGCCUGCCUGCGGGAGCACCGCCGCAGCUUCAGACUGGUCCCUGUUCUGCCGAGCUGGCCGGAGCGAGGUCAGGCGCCCCUGACUCAGUGUCUGCGCGCAAGCCCUGGGGAGACCCUCACCAACGGCUUCUUCGUGGCCAUGCUAGAGAGGAGGAGCCCUGGGGAGCAGGAGGAUGAGCUAACUUCCGACGAAGAUGUGAUAUCAUUUCCUGCCAACAGUGAUGUGGAAGCAGAAUCACAUGACCCCAGCCCCUUGGAGGCAGAGCCUGCCCCCACAGCUUCCAAGAAGAAGAGAAAAAAGAGGAAGAAGAAACCCAAGCAGCAGCAGGAGAAUUGAAGAGAGAGAGAGAUGUCACUCCCCAUUACUGCAGUUUAGUGACAGCCCCUCGGUAUCCCUGGAACAUGUAUAGCAGAGACCCGUACACACAGUGCACUACCUUGAACAGCGCUGUUGAAUUGUGAUGCCCACUCCUCAGCACAGUUAAGGUCUUGAUGACCUACUCUGUGUAAGUUUAGGCUUCUUGAUUAUUUAACAUGCUGGUGAUUUCGGUCACGGUUACCUAUUUCAGUGUACCGACAUCACAGCUAUUGCAGGCGAGGUCUUUGGAACCACUUGCCCAAAUGUGAUGAAAUGUUGCUUUGAACUCUUAUGAAUGACAGGACGAUAAUGCGGUUCUACUAUUUUGAUAGACGCAAUUUGGCAGGAGAAAUAUACCAUUAUGUUAAUAUUCAUAUUUGUAAGUAUGCUGCUUCAAUAAAAAAAAAAAAAAGUUUGCUAUGAAACAUGCAGUAGUCCACUGACUUCAGCAGUUGGCUUUGAAUCACAGGAGAUGAACCACACAGUAGUGUUAAUUUGUGUAGAUGACCUAUUUUCUCAUGGUUCUAAACCACUAAGGAACGGGGAUCACCGAUUAGCUGACCUGAUGAAGGCACGGCUGUGUGGUGUUCAGGGUGGGGUAGUUAGGGGAGCGCAGCUUUGAACAUUGAGGCACUUCCUCUGCCAUGCUGGUUUAGAGUCCUGCUUUCCAGUGGCUGCUCUCUGGCCAUAUUGACAGAAGGAGACAAAAGUGUGAUUUACCUACCCUUUAAAAGGUCGUACAGUGUUUUAGACGUGCACUUCCUAUAGUGUGUGUGGAAUGUGCUGCUACAUCACAUCAAUCAGGAGAGAGAGAAUCGACUUUCUGAGCUGGGUGGAAACCCGGCCAUAGUCAUUCUAAAAGGCAGGGUCUGGUUUAAUAUUUUCUCUUUUGUUACACCAGAUGGGAAUACUGUAUACAAAAAAAUAAAUAAAUCAAGCAAACCAGUACACACUUUACUCCAUUACCCAUUCACAUGUUCUACUUAUAAACAGAGAAAUCCCUACUUAAAUAAACCAGACAUCAGCAAUGUAAUAAUCACAGUUUUGUUUCCUUUAAUUUAAAACCAUUUCAAUGUAAUGACGACAUAAUGAGCAGAGAAAGAGAAUAUCUUACACAAGCCAGGUCUGCACGCAUUCACUCACUCCCCAUUUCCACAGAGUCCAACAGCAACGAUAGUACUGAUCUUUAUUUUGAGGAAAGAACAUGAAUAAGGACACACACACACACACAGAUAGAGGUUCGGUCAGUAACAGAAACAGCACGACCUUACAGCAUUCACCCUGAGGGAAUCCAGCCUUUAACCAAUGAAGUACCGCAGUGUCAAGCAGAGAGCUUUCCAAACCACCACUACUGUGACAGCUGGGUCAGACCCGGGCAGCAACUGAGGAAGGGCUUGCUAAACAAAUAGUAGUUUGCUAUGUAGAGCCAUAUCCAUUAUUUAUUUAUUUUAUUUUAUUUUAUUUAUAAAACAAAUCUCCAAUCCUCCCACCAAACCACCAGUUUAAGGAAGUCAUUUUCUUGCUCUCUUAAAGUGAAAACAUAUCUGGAUUAGAAGAUGGUUCCCUUACACAUUCUGAUUAAACAAACCACGGCCACACAUCACAACAUUGUCACCUUUCAGAUUAGACACUUUUUCUAUUUACAAAAACUACAUACAUUUGGGGAAAAAAAAAAAAAAGACAA